UGGAGGCGCUGAUUGUGUUGUAGUGAAAGCGGCCAGCAGCAGGCGAAGACGUCAUUAGAAGCUUGACUAGCGAGCCGUACGGACGGACCUUGUACUCGAAGCGGCUUCCUACAAGCUCUUGGUGACGUUACCAAACCAAACAUCUUUAAACACACUGCUAUAUAUAGUAUAUAACAUAUAUAUAUACAUAUAUAUACAAAAUCGGACAUAUUUCAUCAUAUACAGAUAUACAUAUACUUAUACACAAUAGUGUAUAGUUAAUAGACUUUUUUUCAACAUUUAUGAAACAUCUUGGCUUAAGCAAUAUGAAGGCUAUUUCACAUCCUUUUUCCCUGAAGCACAACGGAGAUAUGGGUCUACGACACGGGGAGAAUUGUCGGGUAACGAAGGGCAGUGCAAAGCCCAACGAAGGGGACAUUAUGACUCCGGAAAUGCAGGAGUGCUUUCAAAAACUCAUCAACUUGGUGCCAACCAUUCCUCGUACUCACAAAAUCUCCAAAGUACAGUUGUUGCAGCAUGUGAUCGAUUACAUCCUAGAUUUAGAGGUGGCUUUGGACUACCCUAACUUCGUACAGUCACCUCCACCACAGCUGAUUAACACAGCCAGUGCACUCUUUAACCGAACGCCCCUAUCGGAAAAAGUCGAUCCAAAUCCCAUCGUAUCACAUGAAGAUUUUGUGGAGAUGAUAACAGACACAGUUGUAGAGCGACCAGUAUCAAAGUAAGACAUUACCAGGGAGUCUAAAGUAAUGUUAAGAGAAAAAAUAAUUAUAUUUUGAAAUUGUCUCGGGUUGGUGCCAGUUGAGAAGAAAGAUACCACUGGAGAAAAUAUGAUAUAUAUAUUAUUAUAGCUUCUAAACAUAAUAUAUAUAGACACACACACACAACUUCCUGGCUCCUGCCUCAUUCAUUUCAAAACAUCAGAUCAAAUAUUUAAAGAUAUUAACGAUCGUUGCAAGGUAGUUCACUCAGGGACACAACUACCUCCUCCUGUCUGUUUCUCCCUUCCUUUCCCAGUCUUUCUCUUCUUAUAUGAUUUUUUAAAAAAAUUAUUCAUCUUUCCUCCCCUCCCCAUCACCUGUCCCUUAUGUAAAAAAAAAAAAAGAGGGCCACUUGACGCAGACGAAAAAAAAAAAAAUUAAAACGUCUUAGCACCGUCUCGUUCUUUUUACAAGACAUUUUUUGAAAGACAAAAUCUGAAUCACAACAGAAAAUAAGACAACAUUCUACAAGCAUUCAUCAUCACUGAUAUAUAUAUACAUACAUAUAUGUAUGUAUAUGUAUUGAAGACAAGGCACUCAGCAAAAAUGGUAUUAGUGACGUCAUUAUUCGUCAUGCCAAUAAUAUCACUCCCAGAAGCAAUUCCUUUAAUAUAUGGGGAUUCUAAUAAUAAUCAAAACAAGAAUAAGAUUUAUAGUUAAUUACAACAAAGCAACAGCAACAUGAGUGAAAAAAAAAAGACGAUAUGUUGUUUGAAAAGAAAUCCAACGAAAAUCUAAUUUUUAA